AUCGACUGGGCUAACUGGACGGCACCUACCAACAAGAAGAAGAGCAAGAAGGGGAAAAAUGUCGAGGAAUCCAAAGGACCGGACCCAAUACCUGAUCCAGUACCCGAGCCCCCAUCCGAGCCUGAAAAGAAGGAUGGUGAUUUGGGCGGUGGUGCUUGGGGUAUAACCGCGACAUCCACCAAAAAGAAAGACAAGAAAGGUAAAGUCAAAGAACUAGAUCCCAUACCAGAACCUGCCCCCAUCCCCGAGAAGGAAGAUGACCUCGCUACUUGGAACGCCCCCGUCUCUAAGAAGGAGAAGGAGAAGAAAAAGAAAAAGAAUCUCGUUGAAGAGGACCCCCCCAAAGAACCCGAGCCUGAGCAUGAACCUGAACCCGAACCCGAGCCUGCGAAAGAUGAAGCGGAGGAUUUCAUGUCCUUCACAAUUACAUCGAAGGGAAAGAAGAAGAAAAAUAAGGCCAUUAUUGAGCCCGAUCCAGAACCGGCACCACAACAGGAACCUAUCAAGGAAGAAAAACCUGCAGAAGAGGAGUUCUCUACAGUACUCGGCACUUCCUUGAAGAAAGAUAAGAAAAAGCAGAAAAAAGGUGCUGCUGAAGAGAUUCCCCUUAAACUGGAACCAUUACCCGAGCAGAAGAUAGAUGACUGGGCGACCACUUGGGAUACCUCUACUGCUAAAAACGGGAAAAAGAAGAGUAUUUUAGAUGAGCUGUCUCUAAAAGAAUCGGAGCCACCUUCCACCCUCGAUGAUGAUCCGUGGGGUUCAAGCCUCCCAAAGAAAGAGAAAGAAAAGGAGAAAAAGAAGAAGGUUAAAACCACUACUCCUAUCGAUGAAAUUGCCGAGGAAAAAGGACAGGAAUCAUCAGCCCCGGAACCAGAACAGGAGUCGGCUCGUCGACCCGCUACUGAGGAACAUAGUUCUAGUGUAUGGAGCUUCUGGGGGGCAACUAAGAAACCUGUUAAGAAGACGAAGGAGGAGUCUCCACCUCCGCCGACUGAAGAGGGUGAUGGUUGGCUGAACUGGAGCAAGAAGAAAUUGAAGGCUUCGACCGCUCUAGUUGAACUCGACAAAGAAUCGGAUGACCACGAAGAUCUACUACCCGCUGUACCGGAAGCACCUAAUGCUGUGGAAGGGGACGAUUUUUGGAAUAGUUUUGGUACUGACAAGAACAAGUCCCAAAAUAAUAUUAUGCCUGAUUCAAUCGAGGAACCCAAGAAUGAUGACAUCUGGGGUCUUGCUCCUAGCUCAAAAAGGGACAAAAAGAAAAAAGGAAGCAAGAAUGUUCCAGUCGAGAUUGAGAACGGCUCUCAUCUAAAUGGCGUCAAACCAGACUCUGUCGAAGAAGGCAAAGGGCUCGACGACGAUUGGGGUUGGGGGAGCUUAAAAAAGGGCAAUAAGACAUCUCCACCUCCAGCGCCUACUCCACCUUCAUUAGCGAUGAGCCUAUCCGGCCAAGAACUCGAAGAAAACGUCUGGGAUGAUACGAAGGCCGAGGAUGAUGAGAAGGCAGCAGCUGAAGCAGCAGCAUUAGCGGCUGAGGUUGCUGCUGAAGAGGAGGAGCUUGCUGCGCUAACGGCUAAAGCCACGAAGAAGAGGAAGAAAUUCUCAAAGAGCGACCAAAAGAGAUUCGACGAGCUUACCGAGAACGCCAAACGUCGCGCAGGAGAGAAGGCUGCUAAGGAAGCGGAAGAAGCGGAAGAAGCGGCGCGACACGAAGCCGAGGAGAAAGCGGCAGCCGAGGCCUUGGAGGCGGAAGAGAAGGCCGCCGCAGAAGCUCGUGAGGCUGAAAUGAAUGCUGCGGCAGAGGCACUUGAAGCUGAGAUUGCUGCCGAAGAAGAGGAAAUCGCUACGCUAACGGCGGCCAAAAAUGAGAAAAAGAAGAAAUUUAGCAAGAGAAACCAGAAGAGACUCGACGAACUUCUUGAGAAAGCCCAGGCCCGUGCUGAUGAGAAGGCCGCUCUUGAGGCGGACAAAGCCACACAGGAAGAUGAGGAGGAAGAGGGAGACGAAGAAGCGGAUGAAUUAGCAGCACAGGAAGCUGAGGAAGAGGCGGCACGAGCGGCCGAAGAGGAGGCGGCGCGCGAAGCAGAGGAACAAGCUGCUCAGGCAGCCGCAGAGGCAGCUCGCGAAGCUGAAGAACAAGCUAAGCGUGAACGUGAAGAGGCCGAGGCCGCUGCCAAGAAGAAGUCGAAGAAGAGUUCUAAGACGGAAGAGAAGAAGUCCAAGUCCAGUAGUAAAGAUAAACUUUCCAAGAGAGAGCAGAGGGAGAAGGAGCAGAGAGAGAGGGAGGAGAAAGAGAGAGAAGAGAGAGAGAAGGAAGAAAAGGAAAGGGAAGAGAAAGAAAAGGAGAAUCGCAGGAGCUUUGACGACGACGACGACCUCGAUCUUGACAAUAUCGACCUAGCUCCCGAACAAGUAGAUGAGCUCUUAUCGGGCUUCGCAUCGCCUCCUAAGCCGUCACCCCCACCCGUCAAAUCGGACGCAUUUUCUUUCUGGGGUUCUAGGGCUAAGGCUAAGAGCCCGUUACCCGAUCAGUUUCUCGAAGAUGCGACGGCCGAGGACGCGCCAUCAUCCUACAAAGCUACCACAACUGACGACGAUUGGAUGAAACCUAAAAAGACCAGGACUAAAGGUAGUAAACUUUCCGAGAAGCUAAAGAAAUUCGAGCCAGCCAAAGAAAACGAAGACGAUGAUCUGAUUGAUGCGCUGGCUGCUCCGCCGCCAAAACCACGUGUUCCUGUCGCGCCAUCUUCCGAAGAAAGGUCCUCCAAAGAUCUGUUUCCCGGAGCUUUCCCAGAUGAACAAGACGAGAACGAAAUUGUCGAAAUUGUUGAUAUGGCGCCGGUAGAGAAGAAAAAGAAGAGCAAGAAGAACAAGUCUAAGGCUGUAGAGAUACCCCCGCCUCCCGAAGUACCCAUUCCACCACCGGCAGCGCCCGAAGAGGAGCCUGAGGAGCCCGAAGCGCCCCCAACGCCUCCUCCGGAGAAUAGAUCGUCUAAGAAAGAGCGACCAAAGAUAAGUCGCGAUGCGGGCGCGUCGUGGGGUGUAUGGUCAGCGACACCUCGUAAGGAGGAGAAGAAGCCCAAGCCAAGGUUUGAAGAGAAGAGACCUAGGAGAGAGAAAGAGAAAGACAAGUCAUCUUCUUCGAAGGGCUCAUCAUCCGAUAGGGAUAAUAGGGCAGAAGAGCGCCCAGAAAAGAAGUCUGCGUCAAUUUCUAAGCAUCAGCGCACAAACAGCCUAUUUCAAAGCACCCCGCCUAUUUCUCGCUCCAUGUCAACCCGGGAGAAGCGCCCCCCCAUGAGCAAAUCAAGUUCACGUCGUCAAUCAGUCGAGAUGACAAGUGGUCUAGCGUCGCCUCCGCCCGAAGAAAUGCCCGCGAUGUCCUCUAAGGCUGCGAAAAUCUUUGGCAUUGACAAGAGCCAAAAGACUCGCACCCGCAAGAUCUCUAAUCCGCGCUCCCCGGACGAGGAAGAUAUCGUUAUGGUCGGAGCUGCCGAACCGCCUUCAAGCCCCGAAAAGCCAACUCGUAGGCGAACAAGGAUAAAGACAGAGGAUGAAGUUAUCAUGACCGAUGGAUACCCUGCCGAACCAACACCUCUCAAACGAUCGAACUCGAGCGCUAAAAAAGGCUUUGCGGGCCUAUUCGGAGGACUUAAGGCUCCGCGCUCCGAAGCACGACCCGAAGCACCACGUCGCCGCAGCACAUAUUAUACUACAGAUGACGACGUUAGGCCUGAUAAGAGGCCUCGGCGAUCUGUGCGUGAUGCGCGGGAUUAUCAUACUGUGGAGGUUGACGCGGCAGAUGAGGAAAGGGAAGCUCGCCGUGCGGCUCGUCGCCAAAGGAGGGCCGAAGAAAAGGCCGCCGAGGAGGCACGUCUCGCAAAAGAGGAAGAGAGGCGCGAAAGGCGUAGGAGACAAGAAGACGAAGCUGAAGCACGCAAGCAGGCUGAGCGCGAGGUUCGACGAGCCGAACGUAGAGCUGCCCGAGAACGUGAGGCGGAGCGCGUUGCAGCCGAAGCUAAAGAGGUUGAGAGAGCCGAAAGGCGUCGACAACGCAGGCUUGAGAAAGAAGCUGCUGCCGCCGAAGAAGCGGAAGCUGAAGCUCGACGCGCAGCUCGAUCCGAACGACGGCGAGCGCGGCAUGUCGAGGCCUCCGAAGAUGAGGAGGAGCGUAGACGGAGAAGACACGAAGCCAGACGCGCCGAGGAAAAGGCCAGCCGGAGACGCACGAUGCCGGCUGACGAGUAUGUCUACCCCCCGGAAAGAACUUCACGAUUCGCGGUCGACGAACGUAGGCGAAGCAAACCUGCCGCUUGGCCGCAUUCAGGUACGGAUUCUUGGGUGAAGGAGCAUUCUGAUGCUGGACCACCCCCUGAAGACGGUGGCCCUGUCAACGACCCACCUCCGAUGGAAGAUGACGAAGAGGCCCGCCGGGCUGCUCGCCGAGCUGCUCGUCGCCGCGCAAAGUAUGGUGAUGUCGAGGCUGAGGUGGACGAUGACCGAAGGCGUCGUCGCGCACGCCGCGAGGAACGGGACCGUCGCGAAGAACGAGACCGCCGCGAGGAGCGAGACCGCCGAGAUCGUCGCGUAGGUGGCUCGGAUGGUAGCGGUGGAGCUGGAGGACCGCGUGAGGCCGUGUUCACCGACUCCACGCCUCGAAGCAGCUGGUGGAAGAAGCUCACUGGUGCUUAAAGGUUCGAAAUUUUGGUUAGCGGGGCGUGGCCUCCUAAUUGGCCGUUGGAGUAAUAUGUCAGAUGUGUCUCUGCUCAAUUCGUUGCUCGAAAGCAUUAUUCGGGCUUGUAACAUUCUUCGGAUUGGCUUUCAUGCCAUCUUCGUAUAUCCUCAGGGAUACUAACUCCCUAUCGUUGCCCUUGUUUUUGUCUCAACUAUGGGGUUCACGAGUUUUGAGGGUUUUUUUCGAUUGUAUUGUAUAACGUGGGAUGUAUAGUGUUUGGUUAUGCUCAGUGUGUACGAGUGACGUGGCAAGGCUGAGCGGGAUGGGGGAAGCAACAUAGAUUGGGGAUUGGACGAAGCCGGUUCCAUUCUACCCCAGACGACACCCCGACCCUACCCGAUUGGAUGACAUUUAUAUGAUUUUACAUAUCUAUCAUGUACGUUGGGAAUGACAUAAAGCAGGAGUUUUUUUGAUUGAUACACAUGUGGUUUGAGCGAUACAAAAUCGAUAUACCCCCCCACACCUAACCUACAGCCUCGCGAUCUAUAUCGGGUACGGAUUAAUUUAAGUCAGCAUAGCGUAGCAUAGCAUCACUCGUUAUAUACCUAGGGAUCAGGAAUAAUGAAUGGAUUUCAAUCA